GAAUGAUUGAACACACACAUUCGUCAGAUCGGAACAAUCGGAAUCGAAGGAAGUCAAAUUUUAGCGACCGAUGAAGACGACGACGGCUCGAGUGUAAAAGCUGCGAAAUUUUGUGUGAUUUUGUAGAUUGUGGAGCUGGAAAAAUAAAGAAAAACUCGCAAAAGAUUUUACCAAUUAAAAACGCGUGUGAUUCAAUGAGAAAUAUGCGUAGACGCAAACUAAAGUGAUGAACGAAGGAAAGCGAAUAUAAUUGGAGUCAGGCGAGCAUUAAUUACGAAUAGAAAAAUAUAUAUAUAAACUGAAUUGAAUCAGAAAGGAAUGAAAAAGUGAAAUAGUGUGGCCAGCGCGAAAAACGUGAAGCUAUAGCUACUUCAUAUAUAGCAAAGAACAUAAAGACGUAGCCGUGGAAUUUUUUGGAUUUGUCCAAUUUCAUCAUUGCGGUUGCUGCGAAUGAUUUCGCAGCGCGAAUGCUUCUCCCAAAUGCAUAUCCCUCAAAGGAUAAUUGUUUAAAACCAAUGAUUUCAAUAAAUUAUGUGCGAUUUGAAUCAUAAAUUUAAACACCAAAAAAAAAAAAAAAACUUUCUUUUUCAGUCCGCUAGCUGAGGGAAUAAGCCGCCUUGCGCGCCAAUUAAUAGUUGGUUGUCUGCCACAGUACAUACACCACCCCAGUUGAGCAGCGCGAGAGAAUAACUACUACACAAAGCUUUCAAAGUAUUUUUAUGUUGCAGACUGAAAAGUACGGAAUAGCUGCUGAUCGUGCACUGGAAUUUGGGGGCAACAAUAUAUUCAAAAGAAAGCUUAGAGUAAAACUAAAAAGAUUAAGAGUAGUCACUUUGGAGGAAAAUAUGACUACAGAUACCCGCCGUCGCGUUAAAUUGUACGCUCUGAAUGCAGAGCGACAAUGGGAUGAUCGUGGCACAGGCCAUGUAUCUUCGAAUUAUGUGGACAGGCUUAAAGGUAUUUCAUUGUUGGUGCGUGCCGAAUCGGAUGGUUCUUUACUUUUGGAAAGUAAAAUUCAACCCGACACCGCCUACCAAAAACAACAGGACACAUUGAUCGUUUGGUCGGAAGGCGACAAUUUCGAUUUGGCAUUGAGCUUUCAAGAGAAGGCCGGUUGCGAUGAAAUAUGGGAAAAAAUUUGUCAGGUUCAAGGUAAGGAUCCUUCGGUUGAGAUAACGCAAGAUAUCGUUGAAGAAUCCGAGGAUGAGCGCUUCGAAGAUAUGUCAGACACGGCACCGCCCAUAGAGUUGCCCCCAUGUGAACUGGCGCGUCUGGAAGAGAUUUCCGAGACCAUACAGAAUUGUUUAACAACACCUUUACGAAAGGAGAAACUUUCCAUGGCUUUAGAAUCGGAAAACUAUAUUAAGAAGUUGCUAAAUCUGUUCCAUGUUUGCGAGGAUCUCGACAAUACCGAGGGGUUGCAUCACCUCUUCGAAAUUUUCAAGAACAUAUUUCUAUUAAACAAAAAUGCAUUGUUCGAAAUUAUGUUUGCCGAAGAUACUAUUUUCGAUGUGGUUGGCUGCCUAGAAUAUGAUCCGAGUUCCACCCAACCAAAGAAGCAUCGUCAGUAUUUAAAACAAUGGGCCAAGUUCCGCGAAGCAGUACCGAUUAAAAAUCAAGAUCUGCUCGCUAAAAUUCACCAAACGUUCCGUGUACAAUACAUACAAGAUAUUAUAUUGCCAACGCCGUCAGUGUUUGUCGAAGACAACAUGUUGAACACGCUAUCCAGUUUUAUAUUCUUUAACAAAGUGGAAAUCGUAACACUUAUACAAGAGGAUGAGCGCUUCCUGGUCGAUAUGUUUACACUUUUAACAGAUCCGAGCACCAGCGAUGCCAAGCGUCGCGAUAUUGUGCUAUUCCUAAAGGAAUUUUGCAACUAUGCACAGAACCUACAACCACAGGGCAAAGACUCUUUCUAUAAGACACUCACUUGCUUAGGAAUAUUGCAAGCACUCGAGAUCACAUUGGUAAUGAACGAUGAAAAGACGAAGGCAGCUUCAAUCGAUAUACUUACAGCGAUUGUGGAGUUCUCACCGUUAGUGGUGCGCAAUUACACACUACAGCAGGUCAGCCGCACAGAGGGGGAUCGUAUGCUGUUGAACAUAGCUAUUGAACAAAUGUUAAGCGAUUCAGAGCCAGAGCUUGGAGUUGCAGUGCAAUUAAUGGGCAUUAUUAAAAUUUUAUUGGAGCCAGAAAGUAUGCUAACUGAAAAGGCAGACUUUUUGAAUUUUUUCUACAAGCAUAGCAUACAAACGCUGAUUGCUCCCCUGCUUGUUAACACAAUCGGUGAUCGUCCAGAUAGUGAAGACUACCAAACCGCACAAUUGCUUGGCAUUGUCUUGGAUAUAUUGUCAUUUUGUGUGGAACAUCAUACUUAUCAUAUUAAAAACUUUAUCAUACAAAAGGAUCUCCUAAAGAGAAUACUUGUACUGAUGAAAAGCACACAUACGUUCCUCGUACUUGGCGCACUUAGACUUUUAAGGAAAAUUAUUGCACUUAAAGACGAGUUUUAUAAUAGGCAUAUAGUUAAAGGAAACUUAUUCGCACCAGUUGUUGACGCAUUCAUUAGAAACAAUGGCAGAUAUAAUUUACUCGAAUCGGCUAUAUUAGAACUUUUUGAGUUCGUGAAACUUGAAGACAUCAAAACACUUUGCGUCUACUUCGUGGAGAAUUUCAGCAAAAUAUUUGAUGAAAUCGAAUAUGUGCAAACAUUUAAAUAUCUCAAAAAUCGGUACGACCAGUAUCAAGACCGAAUAAAGGAUCGCGACAAGAUGUCGCUGGAUACCGGCAUACCAAUUAUACGUAGUCGCUUCCGCCGAGAUCCGCGACAAAUGGACGACGAAGAGGAAAUGUGGUUUAAUGAGGAGGAAGAUUUCGCCGACGAAUAUGAUACCUACAACAGCGUUAUGAAAUCCGUCACCGAAAAGAAUGGCCCUUCACAAUCUCCGUCGCAGCAGCAAUCAUCGAUUCAACAAAAGUCGCCACCUCAAGGCGGUCUGCUCGGCAGCAGUAGCAGCGUGAAUAGUUUAAGCUCCACAACGACCACUUCAACGACAUUGACACCGGCUGUGGGAGUUAGUGGCAUCGGUGGGGUCUCAUCCAUCAGCGGUGUGAGUCUCAGUGAUGUGGUUUCAAAUGCGUCCAAUAGCGGUAGUAGCAUUGACCAUUCACAGUCUGCCGCUGCUGCUACACAGGCGCAUCUAGGCGCAGCUGCUGUGGCUGCCAAUAUAGCGCUCCACCACCAACAGCAAACGGCACUACACAAUUUCCAGCAACAGCAACAACAGCUAAAUCUAAAUAGCACAUUGGUCGCAGCAGCAGCGGCUGCUGCGGCUGGUGUAGCUAGCACAUCGGCAGCUAGUGCCGCGCAUUUAGAAGCGCAGAACCAACAUCAUCACCAGCAUCAGCAUGCAGAGCGUUCGCACGAAGAUCCCGAUAUUGUAGAACUGCGGCAGCAUUUGGUUUCCAUUGUACCACAACAUCAAGAAUUGGCAUUGGCCGGUGCCGCCACUUCAUCAUCAACUGCCGUCACAGCAUCACCAUCGUCAGCGGUUACAGCUCUGCAAUCGCAAUCGUUGUCAUCAGCAUCGAUAGCGGCACCAUCCACAUCGACCGCUUUGUCAGAGUCGGCGGCUGCCGCUGCAGCAGCUGCUUCACAGCUACUAACAUCGAUUGCAUCGAGUGAUGCCGUCGCUGCGGUGGCAGCCGCUGCAGCGGCAGCUGUGGCGGCCACGGUAACUGGUGUGACACCUAAUAUGGCUGGUGCUGGUGGUGGAGGAGUAGUAACUGCGGCGAAUUUGGCAGCAGCCGCCAAUGCCGCGGACACUUUGGCGCUAAAUGUUGUGAAGCACAACGAUAGCGUCGAUAAUAUGGGCAGCGGCAACGGCAAAGAAGGAGCUAUUUCGACCGUCGUCACUGGGGAGAGUAUUUUGAAAAAGGGUCUUGUCGACUAUGAAAGUGACUCUGGUGAUGAGGACGACUACGAAGAAGAAGAAGAGGAAGAGUCGCCGCAUCAGAAGAAGCCACGUAUGGCAUAGCAAAAUUACGCUACUAAUGCAUGCAGCCGCAGCCGCGGCGGCAGCAGCAGCAGCGGCCGCAGCGGCUGCAGAAUCAAUUAUUAAAACAUUCGCAACAAUGUCUUCAACACAUUACAACAACAAUUUGUAAAAGAAAUAGCCAUAAAUAAACUUGCAGUAGCCAGUGUCGUGCCGUGCAGACUCGUACACACCAGCAGCUGCAACAACAACAAAAACAAUUACAACCAUAGGUGUAACAGAAAUACAAGUAAACAUGAUCAAAUAAUUAUCGAUAACAACCAACUGCAGUCUGCCAUUGUAACAAAAACAAGUAGCAACAGCAAGUUACAGAAGAAUGCGAACGUAAGAAAUUGUAUGGAUUAUUUUUUUUUUGGUGUUGAUUGUUAAUACGGACACUGCUGAUGGAUGGACGACAGACAAAAUUAUAACAAACUAAACAUGCAUACAUAAAUAAUUAUACAUAAAUACAUACUACAUACAAGUAUAUAACGCGUAAUCUACUAGAAAAUAAAUAAAAUGAAAUUAAAUUCGCAAAAUACUAAUUAAAUAAAUUUUGUCGAAUUAUAAAUGCAUCAUAUACAUAAAUAUUGUAUGAGUGAGAAACGGAGUUGAGGAAAUGUUGGAGUGCAUACAAAUCUUAUUAAGAGAAACACAUCAAAUUAAUAAAAUGCAAAUAAGUGGGCAAUCGAAAAAUGAAAGAAAACACACUUCAUACAUAUAUUUACUUUAUACAUUAACAAAGUGUAAUAGUAAAUAAAAAUUGUCGUCUUCGUCGUUGCCGUUGCAAAUGCUAAAUUUAAUUUAAAGAAGGCAACGAAAUUAUUUUCAAAAAACUAAAACUAAAAUAAAUACAAAAAAUAAAAAUAACAAAAAACAAACGCCACGGUAUUAAAUCAUUAUGUGCCUGUGAUGAGAAUUGAAAUCGCUAUUGCUUAAACAUCUUCGUAAAAGCCUAAUUGCAGUGAGUUAUUUGAAAUUUAAAAUCAGCUUAAUAGAGGAAUAUACUACGCGGAAAACCUUUUUAUUUCGCAACCAGCUAUCAUCCAUAUGCGUGAAUUUCUUUCUCUAUAAAACAUGUGAUUUGCUAUUACAACGCGCAUGAUGAGCUUUUGCAAGAGGCGUUUGCAGAUUUACGGGCGUAAUUAAAACUUUUAAGCAAUAGCGAAAUUAAAAAUCUCGGCACAGUUCGCGCAUCAAUUUGAAUAUAAAUAAACGGACUAAUUUAAAGUCGAAGGGAAUGAGUUGUAAAUGUAAUACAUUUGGUGAAACAUGGCACUACUAGUGUUGCUAGUGUAUAGGUAUAUGAGUAAAAUAGGAAAAAUUUUGUGCACAAAAUUCUUGCAUUUUAAAGCAAAGAAGUAAUUGAAUAGCGCCUGUAAACUGAGGUUAGUUUUUGUGUGGAAGAUCAAAAAUAGUUAAAAUUUUUCCCGAGUGCCACUACGCUUUAGUAGACCACUUCAGUGUGCCAAUUAUGCCCAGGCCUUCAGAACUGGCACCCGCAUACGCACACGCCGCCACGAUCACAUACAUAUUCACAAUGAACCGAGUUUUAGAGAAGCAUUUUUUCAAAUAAAUUUGUAUGAAUAAUACAAUGCAACAAUAAUUAUAGCAUACACCCUAAUAUAUAUAUACAUGCUGCAUUACAAAUCAUAAAUCGUGAAUACAUAACAGUAGAAAUUCUAAAAUUUAAAAUUCAUAAAAAAACUACUUCCAAUGGAAUGGGCAGAUUUUGUAAUGAAUAAUAUCUAAAUUUUAGUAUUUGUAAAUGAGUGUUUUGCGAUUGAUUAACACACGCAUAUUCAUGUGAAUAACCAGAAAAACACAAAUACACAACUAUUUAUGUACAUGUUUUAAUGCAAGUGGUGUUUAGAAUAUACAUACAUAUACGCACAUGAUAAUUAUAGGAAAAAGUCUAAGUAUACAAAUACAAGCCAUUUCCCUCUUAUGCUACACAUGUAUGCGCUGUCCACUGUCACAGCUGUUGUUUUCGGUAGUAUUUAAACACAAAAACCAUAUAAAAUUCACUUACAACAUUUAAAAAAUAAUUGAGUGGUUUUCUAUCUGUUUUUGUUACUUUGAUAAUUUAUUUGCUUUCACUUUAGUUGCUCACAUUAAUGUUUACAAUGUAUUUUCAAUGUCAUCAGUUUUUGUUAAAACAACAUUUGAAUUAUUUAGUUAAAACAAACUUCCAUUAAAAUGUUCUUGUAAACUCGAAACAUAAAACUUGCUUCACUGCGAAUUUGUGUCGUAAUCUUUUCGGUCAGGCAUAGGCGGAAUGAGUGCCUUAUUUAUAGAAAAUAAAACUAUUCAUAAAGAAUGUCAAAUAUGUUUUAUUUAUUAUAAAUAAGGGUUUUUUCGAAUAAAUUAAAGUGCUGCGGGUGAUAAAAACGUGUGAGACUAAUUUGUAUAAGCAAAGAACAAAUAAACGCGUGAAAUUACUUUAAAAUUCCCUAUUGCUAAGAAAACAACUUUGCACCCAAAUAAAACUAAAUGGAAACAAUCGAUUCUAUAUCAUAUUCACAGCACAGAAAAUUAGGUGAAAGUUAUUUUAUUGAGAAAUAAAUAAAAAAUAAAUUUCAACAACGACUCAUUCAUUCCAACUCAUUCCCUUUGUGCGUGUUUAAAGUUUUUUUUUUUGUUUUUUGAUCUUCACCCCAACUUCAAUAACUCGUUCAACAUUCUCCAAUAGAGUUAAAUUUUGCCGGUUAAAUUUGAGUUUUGCGCUUUAGUAAACAAAAAUUAAAAAAAAAACUUAAAAAGGAAAAUUAGACAUAAGAAUAAUCAUUAAAUUGUAUGUAUGUUUUCACUAGUUUUGUUGUAAUAUAAACACAUAUAAUUUAGUUAAUAAACUAAAAUACGUUUAGGGUGUCAUACAUAAGCACAUUAUGUAUUAUACGAAUAAAAUAAUAACAAAAAUGCUAUCUAUAUAAAAUAUACAUUAUUCUUUAUAGAAACCAUAAAUACACAUACACACCACUCCCACUUGUGCAGAGAAAAUCAAAUCCUAACAUGGCUCCAUAAACUUAAAACAAACAUAAACAAAUUAAUAUGUAAGGAGAUUGUUAAGACAUCGCGAACAAAAGUAUCAUGAAAGCAUGUCCAUUUAGUUCCAAAUACACACAUACAUACAUACAUAUGUACAUAUCGUUCAUUUACUAAAAGACUGUCACAACUCAAAAAACGGAAGUUUUCAGUAGAUGCGUUUGAAGUUUUCAAUUUACUAAUAAAAUGCUGAAAAUGCAGAUGCAUAUUCCCUUCACACGCGAGGAGUAAGUAGCUCUGCUGUGACAGCCUUUUAGUAAAUGAGCGAUAUGACAUUAACCGCUUACUAUAAAUAUUAAAUAUUUUUUGUUUGUCAGUUAAUAAUUAUAAUUGUGUUUUGUCUGUCGUAUGCGUCCACCACCAAGCUCUUCUUAUUUUACAUUUCUAUUUAAUUUUUUGUCCUUUUUUGAUUUCCUUUCGCUGUUUUCUUAACCUUCAAAAAUCAGUCGGUGUUUUGGUUACAGAAGAGGCCUUAACUUUUCUGCCACUAAAUCAGUGCAGUGCAUUGCCACUUCUUUUCUUGCACUCAAGCGCCAAUCCUUUCCUAAACGCUCAUACGCUGAACACACAGUGGACGUUGAAUAACUCGCAUACACACACACACACACACACACACACAUAAUCGCACAUGCACACUGCUAUAUACACAAACAGAGAAAAACAUUUUGCUUUGCAAUAAAAUAAAAA